UGAGGUGUCGGAGUUGACGUUUUAUAUGGUGCAUGUUUACAUCAUACACAGUUCCCUGAUUUUGGGGGCGGAUUUUUACUUUGUGUUCAGAUUAAAUGUACAGUUAGGUUUGAAAACUCUAGAUAGCAGCAAAUAUUCAAUUAUAACAAGAAGCGGUUCAAAGACAAUGAACAGAUCAACCAAUGUUGUGGAGUUUAUGAUCAUUUAAGCAUAGAAUUACGAAUUCUGACAGAAGCCGCUCGCGAUCAACUUCCAUAAGCACUACACCUGGUCAAACCAGGUCGAAAGAGAGGAACUCCACACAAGCAGCGAUAGAGCCGCCGCGUGCAAGCACUCUUCAAGCGUCUUCAGUCAUUCGCACUCAGUUCGCUCAGGAUGAUGCGACAACAACGGAACAAUCAACAACUGCGUCAGGCAAUGUUCGCUCGGGUCACGUUUUAUCCGACACUGUUCUACAACGUGUUUAUGGAAAAGGUGACCAAACGAAAUUGGUACGAUAGGAUAGAUGAAAACAUGAUCCUAGGGGCGCUACCGUUUCGCUCGGUAGCGCCAGAAAUGAUUCGGGAAGAGAACAUCAAAGCCGUAGUUUCUAUGAACGAAGACUACGAACUGUGGGUGUUCUCGAACAAUCGGGACAAAUGGGCCAAACUGGGGGUAGAAUUUCUCCAGUUGGCUACUACCGACAUCUUUGAGGCUCCAUGUCAGGACAAACUGUGGAGUGGUGUAACAUUUAUCAACCGAUUUCUGCCUUUGGGAAGGCGAAUCAAAACACUGAACGCUUCCGACAACGACGACAGCUUCCGGGAGGAUCGCGUCGGUACUGUCUAUGUUCACUGCAAAGCUGGACGAACCCGAAGCGCAACGCUAGUUGGAUGCUAUCUGAUGAUGCGAAACGGCUGGAGUCCGGAACAAGCGGUAGAACACAUGCGUGCCUGUCGACCACACGUACUACUAGGUAGCAAACAGUGGGAAGCUCUGAGGAUAUUCCAUAAUACUCGAAUAGCAUCCGCAGCGCCGACCGGUCAAGGGCCACCGAGUACGAACUGAUGCAAAUAAGGACCAUUCAACUGUAAAUAGACAUUAGAUGCAAAGCCGGGCAACAGUCGAACAAAUGAAUCGUUUUCAAAGAAUUAUGCUUUCAAGUUUAGCUCUAUAUUUUAAUAAGAAAUAGCUUUUUUCUGUUA